AUGGACUCCCUCCAAACCCAAACACAACCUCUCACCUCCCGCUCCACAAACACACACCUCUCCCAACAAUCCACACUGCAGUCCGACGCCAAAAAACAAGUCGACAUCGACGUCAAACCCGCUCCAAACGCCGACCUCCUCUCGAUGGACCAUCACCGAAAGGUCCUUCAAGGCAAACUUCAGAACGGUGUCGCUGAUGACCAAUCUAACAAUGCGUCCUAUGUUUCGCCAUCAGACGAUAUCAUGAGUCCUUGUACCAAGAAAUUGAGUGAUUUAAAGGGCAAGCGCUUCAAGAAUGCCGGCAAACCAACCUCCCUCUUCGCAAAGCUCGGCAAGAAGAAUUACGAGCAAUCAUCCUCGUCUUCUUCGUCUGCUAGUCCAGCUACGGAAGCUGAAUAA